AUGACUGGGGCUAUGGAUGUGUCAGAGUCAGGACGUGAAUAUGGGGCUAAAAACACUGACGACACCCCUGUGACGGGCACUUCUCAGAAAACUCGAGGGGAAGAUGCUCUUCAAUACCUUUUGGUGCAUGGUUGUCCUCCAAAUGUCCGGACAUAUACUAUAUUGAUCAAUGCACUUUGUAAUGAUGGCUCUUUUGAUGAAGCUACACUCUUACUAUCAAAAAUGGAUACCAAUGAUUGCCUCCCUGAUGCUGUAACUUUUGAUACAAUUAUUGGUGCACUGCUCAAGAGAAAUGAGACCGAAAAGGCAGAGAAACUUCGUCAUGAAAUGAUGGAGAGAGGUCUGGUAAAUAUUGAAAAAAGUAUUUGUGCUUUAGAAUUAGAGGUUGGUAGUUAUGAAUCUGUGAUUAACUUUUGA